CACAGAAAUAGAACCAGAACAUCCAGAACCUAGGAAAAUGUCGGAGGGUAUAUGACUUCACUCUAGUUGAUGUUCUAACGAUCGGUUGCUACUUUUUAUUCAAACUAAAUUCCACGGUUGUGUCAUACCUCUUUUAGUGUUUGUAAAGUUUUAAUCUUUAACUUCAAAGUUAAAUUUACCUUAAUUAUACUACCCUGAUUGUAAUUUCUGCCAGUGUGACUGUUUUUAUGAACUACUAGCUGAAGGUUUGUAGUAUUGAGUCUCUACUAAUUUUUAAAUGAAGCUAAAACUAUGGAGAGAAAAUGGUUAAACAGUGGAAACAUUUCCAGCACAGGAGAGUUGCCCAAAGAGGAAGCGUUGAAGAAGCUUUACCAAAUGGAAUGGAAAAGAAACAAAGAAGAUAACUGGCAUAUGGCCAGAUCAAAAUCUACCAGAGGUGAUCAUGUUCAAGAAAAGAAAAAAUAUAAUAAAGAUGGAGACAACUAUUUUGAAUCAAAAUCUACUAGAGGUGAUUAUGUUCAAGAAAAGAAAAAAUAUAAUAAAGAUGGAAACAACUAUUUUGAAUCAAAAUCUACUAGAGGUGAUUAUGUUCAAGAAAAGAAAAAAUAUAAUAAAGAUGGAGACAACUAUUUUGAAGGUACAGGGGUCCAGAAAAAUAAGAAGACUCGCAGACCCCGCCAAGCAGAGGCCACCCCACCUUCCAUGGCCCAAGGGUUGUCUGUUCCAUCUGGAUCCAGUGGUCCCCCUCCAGUCAAUGCUUGGUCACAGAAAAAGGGAAGUGCUCUAUUCAGUAAAGCUCCUGAAGUAGACGAUGAGGAUGAAAUGUUGAAGUUAGUAUUGCAGGAAAGUCUGAAAACGGCUGAGGAGGAUAAAAAAAGACAGCGUGAACGGUUUAGAAUGAUGGACAUGGAAGUGCCGAAAAACAGUGGUAAAGAGGAAUGUAGUGAAAAUGAAAAUGCACUGCAAGAAGAGAAAUCUAUAUCAAGAUCAGCUCAGUUUGAUGUCCACCGUCCAAGCAACGAUCUGCAUUUUAUCGAAACGGAUUCAGAUGAAAAUCCGGUUCAAAACCAAAGAAGAAAAUCUGUACCUUCUAGGAUAAGAAAAUCAUCAGAUGCUCAAGAUAAAAUUGCCGCUCCGCCAAUUGUUAAGAAGAACAGUUCUGGUCGACAUGAAACUCUUUAUAGUGACUUCCCUUCAGUACAAGAUGGCACUAAUUCUAAUUUGGAACCAUCAGGGCCAUGUGAAAUGCCUCAUCCCUACUCCGUUGAAACUGCCAACACAUCUUCCCGGCCAUACAUUAAAAAAACCCUAAAUCACGAUUCAAACAAAGAUAUACCUGAAAAUGACUAUCAAGCUCAUUCAUCAACUAAUGAUUUGUCUACCAGUUUCAAACUGGGUCUAACAUUUGGAGAUACAAAGGAUUUGUUAGAUCCAGAACAAAGCAACGAUAUUUUUAAAUCAUCGGCCAUCACAGAAAAUCAUAAAUUUGAGACAUCUAGCCACAUACAUAAUAAAAAUACAUUUCCAGCAAAUAGUAUUUCUCCUUACCCAGAUUGUACAGAAACAGAUAUCAUGCUACACAACUUUAUUCGGCAUGAUCCCCCGUCAUCUGCAAUCUCCAAUCCAACUGAAAGAACUGAUUUAUCAACUGAUGUAUUUACUAAUCAACAAAGAAAUGUUUUAGAACAAGGUCUGAAUGGCGCAAGCACUGGUAUAAUACUGUCAAACACAAAUGGACAAGAUUCCAGCUCAUCAAUGUCAAAUUCUCCUCUGCAGAACGUUACACCAUAUGGAUCCUUGGACAAUAUGUCACAGCAUAUGAAAAUGGGAACUUUUCAAGUACCACCUCAGAAUACCAUGUUUCCUUUUCAAAUCCCUAUAGGCCCCCAAGGGAACCAAGAAGCUGCUAAUUUGCAAGCCUUACAGCUUGCUGCUAGUCGUAACUUAGCUUGUUCUGCAGGUGUAUCUCCAGGAUAUGCUCCUGUGAAUCCUGCAAUGAGAAGCCUGGUUCCAGGUCUUGCUCAAUAUCAUCAACCACCAUCUAAUAUACCAAUGCCACCUUCCCAAUACCAUCCUACAUCACCUAACAUAGCAAUUCCACCUCCAGCAGGAACAGAUUUAUCCCAUGGUCAUUGGUAUCAAACUCAUUAUCAGCAAAUGGCAAUUAAUGCUAUUCAACAUCAACAGGCUCAAUCUGUACAUGAACCAAUCAAUGUUGCUAGUAACAUAGGUCAUCCUCAAGUGAUUCAGCAACAAACACAACCUGCAACGGUAACUCAUAACCAACACAUAAUGAUGCCACUUCCUGUGAACCCCAACUUGAUCCAGUCUCAGGCUAAACUGAAUGUACCAGCUACACAAGAAACUUCUGUCCAUCAUUUGCAGCAUCAAAUUUCUUAUCAGAAUGCUGGAGAACAAGCAUUGAUCAAUAAAGUCAAAUCUCAAGAAUUAUAUCAACAGAUAAUCCAGUGUCGCCAACAGUUACAUCAGUUGCAGCAGGAAUUUGUCGUAUCCCAAGCCCAGCCCUCUAUGCAGAUUCAACAAACUCCACAACCUGUUGCAUACCCGGUUCACCCAUUAGCAUUGAGUGCAAAUCAUGUAUAUCCUGUUAUGCCAGGUUUAGUGCAAAAUCAGCAGUUACCAAACAAUGAAAAAAUAUCCCCAACAACCCAACAAGGUUACCCAAACAUUGAUGAGAUAUUCAAUACAGUUACCUCUGUCCCAGAAUCAAGUGCUUCGCAGGUACUCUCAGGUGUUGGUAGAGGACGUGGUCGAUUGCCAUGAGUACAUUACGUUCGUAAAAUUAUUUUUACAGUUUAUUAAUGUGUACAAAUAAUUUUUAAUUAUAUUUCUGACAAACAUAUUUUUAUAAGGAGUUAUAUCCAACUGCAAAUACUCAGUACAUCUUGUAAAUAAUUAAUUAUAGUGCCUUAAAUUUAAAGAAUUUUUUCACCCGGUUUUUUUGUACGGGUUUACAGGUGGUACUACACAUAACACCAUAUUUUUCAUUUGUGAUAUUUGCAUAAGUUGCAUAGAACUGAGGUAUCAAUCUACAAUUAAAUUAAGAAUGUAUAGUUAGUGUAAUAUCUUGUAUGCUUAAGUUUUUUUUAACGAGUUUGUUUUUAUGUUACCAAUGUUAUGUUAUUAUCUUUCCUUUUUAUUUGUUAUUCCUCAGUAGUUGAGGUUACUUUCAUUUGCUAUACAAAGUGGUUAUGUUGGCCAACUUUAGUUAUCCAUUAUAAUAAUACAAUUAAAAAAGCAGUAGCAGGUAAACAUUUAAAAAAUACAUAACCAACUAAAGUUGAAUUAAAUAAUUUGAUUUCAAUUAUAUUUACAGAAUUUGUAUUUCCAUUACGUUACUCGUAUGAACAUUAUUGUUUCUUGUAAUUUUUAUAAAAUAAAAUAGUUCAUUGUUUUGCAA